AUGUUGCAUUCCUCAGUGAAACCAGUAUCUCUCACUACUUUACUAAGACGUAAGAAAAAGUCUGGUGAUAAGGAAAUCCCUGAGAAUUAUGCCUCGGAUUCAUUCCGUCCUACGCAAAUAGAAGUCGGUAAUAUGGCUGAUAAAAAAGGAUCAGCAUAUGUUGAAUUUGGUUCAACAAAAGUUAUUUGUGCGAUUGAUGGUCCCAAAGAAGUGACAAAAACUAGUGAUGCCGAAUAUAUGGAUUGUAAAAUAUGUGUUUUUUACAGGAAUACUUCAUCAAGCGCAAUUGCAACAGCUUCAAAUACCUCAAACAAACAGAACAGUACAAUACGAAGUGCUAUAGAAUCAACUCUGCGAUCAAUGGUGUGUUUAGAUUUAUUCUGCAAGGCUCAGAUUGAUGUCGAGAUUACAGUGAUUGAAGAUGAUGGCGGUGUUUUGGCUGUGGCGUUGAUUGCUUCUUGUUUGGCUUUAGUGGAUUCUGGAAUUCAGCUUUAUGAUGUUUGUGUAGCUGCUCAUAUUGUCAUGUUAGCUGAUGGCCGCGUUAUAGUUGAUCCUCCGAAUAGUCUUUUACUUCCGUCUUCUGGAUCAGACUCGAAAGACCUUCUUAAAAAUGCUCAUCUUUCGGUCACUGUUGGGAUCAUGCCUUCUUUAAAUCAGUUAACUUGUUGCGAUUUUGUUGGCAUUGCUACACCAGUUCAGUUAAAGCGUGCUAUCGCAGCAGCUGUUGAGAAUUCAAUUAAAUUAUAUCCAUUGAUACGCAAGACAUUGGAGAAUCGUGCUGCGUAA